AUGUCGUCCGUUUUCAAGAAUGGACAGAUCUUCUUACCGUCGCAAGCCUCAAAUAAGGGGGGAGACUUUGCCGAGAGCAUGAUCAUCGAGAACGACAAGAUCUCCCACGUCGGUUCUCUCGAUGGAAUCACCAUCCCAGAAAACGCAAAUAUCAUUGACCUGGAAGAUCGCACUGUCAUUCCAGGUUUCAUCGACGCCCAUGUACAUAUCCUGCAAUACGGACAUUCAUUGCGCAAAGCCAAUCUCAUCGCAUGCACAUCCCUCGACCAAAUACGUGAAGGCAUCAAAUCCUACGCCAAAGCCCAUCCAUCUUUGCCACGCAUAUUAUGCAGAGGCUGGAUUCAAUCAUCUACCAAUGGAGUCGCACUAGCAAGUAUGCUAGAUGGUAUCGACCCACGUCCCAUCUUUAUCGAUUCCUUUGAUCUUCAUUCUAUGUGGUGCAGCGCAGGUGCCCUCGAUGAAAUGGGAGCUCAUACAGCCCCCGAUCUUCCCGGCGGGACCAUCCACCGUGAUGAAAAUGGAAGAGCGUCGGGUCUACUUGACGAGUCCGCUAUCAUGAACCUUGCAUGGCCUUACCUAGAGAGUGUUACCUCCACGGAAGACAACCUGAGCGCAUUGGAUACUGCAGUCGCUGCAUACACCGCUGCUGGGUAUACUGGACUAGUGGAUAUGGCCAUGGACGAAGGAACAUGGGAUCUUCUGAAUUUAUACCGUCGCGAUCACACCAUUCCAUUCCAUAUUGGCGCACACUGGCUCGUCCCCUUCUCAGCGGAUCAAGACGCCAACUUUAAAUACGUGGAUCGAGCAAUCGAGUUACACAGCCAGUACAACCAGCCUGACUUCCAUGUUCUUGGGAUAAAACUCAUCUGCGAUGGUGUCGUCGACGGAUGCACUGCCGCUCUCCUCCAACCCUACACUGGUAAAUCUGAUCCCGUCGAGCCAAUCUGGCCAGAGAAGAUGCUACAAGAAGUAGUCCAGCGCGCCGACGCAGCGGGCAUACAAUGCGCAAUCCACGCGAUAGGCGAUAAAGCGAUUCACCAAGCAAUCAACGUGCUAUCGAGAGUCGGCACGCCAGGUCGGAGACACAGAAUCGAACACCUGGAGCUGACAACAUCGGAAGACGCAAAGCGACUUGGUCAGCUGGGUAUCACAGCCUCGAUCCAGCCUGUGCACUCGGAUCCUAUGCUUUUCAAGGCGUGGCCUGGUCUUGUGGGACAUGAGCGCUGUAAGCGCGCUUUUGCUUACAAGGACUUCCUAGAUGGUGGCGCUCGUAUUGCUAUAGGCACGGAUGCCCCUACUGCGCGUCACUUGCCUUUCCCCAAUCUUUAUAAUGCUACCACCAGGCGCUCGGCUCUGGAGACCGAGACCGAUGAUACUGUAAAUGAACAUUUCAGGUUGGGGUUAGCUGAGGCGGCGACGGCUGCUACAACUGGUGCAGCUUAUGCGCGAUUUGCUGAUUCUUGGACUGGAUGCUUGCAGAGCGGAUUGUAUGCGGAUUUCUUGGUUGUUGAUAUGCAGUGGAUGCCGGAGAGAUUGCUUGAGGCGCGUGUCUGCCAGACUUGGUAUCGAGGACAGAAGGUUUUUGAUUCGACGAGUGAUUGA